AUGCAGUUCAAGCUUACACUACUCCUCGUUCUCCUACCCCUAUCCCUUGCUCUACCAGAACCCGUUGCAGAGCCCCUUCCAGUCUCCGGCUUCAAAGAAGUCGAAGGAGGCCUUACACCUCGAGAUGGGCCCGAUACUCUCGUAGCUCGCGCUUGUUCCUACAACACUGGUUGCGUAUCCCAAAGCGGAGCCAGCGCUGGCAAGUAUUGCGGCUUCUGUAAACAGGUUCGUGGAACAUAUCACGUUGGAGAUAUCUAUCAGGUCAAUGGAGGAUCUGGAUUCUCAAGCUGUUGUAAUUAUGGAGCAAGCUCAGCUUGCGCUGCACGCUGGCCGGCUUCGGGUACCCAAGCUUCAGAAGGAAUCGUCACUGCAAAGAAUCACUAUAUGAAACUUGAAUGGGGCUUCACUCAGUAA